CGCCAUCUGGGCCCCAUCUGUCCUUCCUCACGGCACCCUCGGCACCUUAAGCCACUACUCCCAGCCGCAUUUUGGGAGAAAGAUGGAGUCGAAGGUCUCAGAAGGUGGCCUGAACGUGACCCUGACAAUCCGUCUGCUGAUGCAUGGAAAGGAAGUUGGAAGUAUCAUCGGGAAGAAGGGAGAAACUGUGAAAAAGAUGCGUGAAGAGAGCGGUGCCAGGAUCAACAUCUCUGAGGGAAACUGCCCGGAAAGAAUCGUGACCAUCACGGGCCCCACGGACGCCAUCUUCAAGGCCUUUGCCAUGAUCGCCUACAAGUUCGAGGAGGACAUCAUCAACUCUAUGAGCAACAGCCCUGCCACCAGCAAGCCCCCAGUGACGCUGAGGCUGGUGGUCCCCGCCAGCCAGUGUGGGUCCCUGAUCGGCAAAGGCGGCUCCAAGAUCAAGGAGAUCAGGGAGUCCACAGGUGCCCAGGUCCAGGUGGCCGGGGACAUGCUGCCCAACUCCACAGAGCGGGCAGUGACCAUCUCGGGGACCCCUGACGCCAUCAUCCAGUGCGUCAAGCAGAUCUGUGUGGUCAUGCUGGAGUCCCCACCGAAAGGUGCCACCAUCCCCUACCGCCCAAAGCCCGCCUCCACCCCUGUCAUUUUUGCAGGUGGUCAGGUAAGAGCCGACCCGCUCGCGGCCUCCACUGCCAACCUCAGCCUCUUACUGCAGCCCCCGCCGCUGCCCGCCUACACGAUCCAGGGACAGUACGCCAUCCCCCACCCAGAUGUGAGUCUCCACUCUGCCUCCCUGGCCUUCUCUUCUCAUCACCGUUACCCCCUGCAUGCCUCUGUUACUUGCUACUAA